GGAUAAAAGAAGCGAACAGGGACACUGUGAGACAGAGACCUGAGUCGUCCACACAAAUGGAAGACAGAGCCAAUCGGUCGGAAGCGUGCGGUGAAACGUCUCCUCCAACACAAAGCUGCUGCACUUCAGUUCCUACCACGGUGGGAGAUAUUUUCAGUCCAGACACGGUCCUUGUUCUUCUGAGAAGUUCUGUGGGUGAGAACAACAGAAACAACUACGCUCCGCUAGGAAUCGCCGGUCUCAAGCUCCACUAUCGUCUGCAAUCAUGAUCAAAUUGUUGUGUGUGGCGAUUGUUGCAGGAUUGGUUUUGGAGAGCAACCAGCGGAGCCUGGAGGCCAACCAACUGGAGCCCAAAUUUCCCUGCGACUAUGCAACCCACAUCCAAUGCUGGACGGACUGGUUUGACAGAGAUGACCCCUCUGGAACUGGAGACUGGGAAGUGUUCUCCUUACUUCGUAUUGAGAACCCAGGAAAGAUCUGCCUCAAACCAAUCCAAAUCGAGGCCAAAACUCUGACUGGUCUCAGUGCGGCUGCAGCCGGGGAUGUGAUUUUCAAAAGCGACACAGCCUCAGGAUUCGUCUGCAGGAACAAGGACCAGAAGAUCACGAAGAUGUGCAACGAUUAUCACAUUCGCUUCAGCUGCCAUUCCCCGUUCUGCACAUCUGGCGCUCCAGGCGUGUGCUGGACCAACUGGUACGACCGGGACCUUCCCUCUGGGACAGGGGACUGGGAGCGUUUGAGUGACCUGAAGACAGAAAACCCAGGAGAGAUCUGUGACAGCCCGACGUACAUCGAGGCUGUCACCACUGACACCCUGACCCCGGCCAUCAGCACAGGGGAGAACUUCUACCACUACAACCCAUCUGAGGGAUUAGUUUGCCGAAUGGUGGACCAGAUAGAUGGCGAAUGCCUCAACUAUAAAGUGCGGUUUGGAUGCCCGUGCGGGUGAUCCAUGGCAGCACUGAUGUGCCGCGGCGAGAGAGGACCCCUUUCCAAUUUUGAUCUGCUAUGUCUUUUCUCGUUUGAUUAUAUGAUUUGCUUCUCCUGAUUGAGAAGCACACAGAAAUCUGCCUUUGUCACGGUAAACUUGUGGUAAUUUUAUCAUUUAAAUUGAUUAUUUUCCCGUUGUGGAUCCAAA